UGCCUUGCGUCACCAACAGAGUAGGACCAUUUUUUUUUCACCGCUGCGCAAGACAUGCUGGGAACUAUAGUAGGAGACGCCGCUGUUUUUACAAAUACUCUUUGCUCGUAGUUUCUUGCAUCUCCGCCUCGACUCCCGCUUCUCCCCAGAAUUCACUGCCUUGUCCUGCGAUUAAGUGAUUAAAGGGGGGGGGUGUCCUUUACCUGCCUUAGUACUGAGGUGGUUGCGAAGUGGCCGCCAGGCGCGCCGCUGAUCGCGUCGCCCUCGGGCUAGAAGGAGAGCCCCUGAAUCCAUGGCAACCGGACGCUGUGAACUCUCGCGAGCAGAAGGAGGAGCGAGACUGAGGCCUCUGCACUGUACUCAGAAGAGACGCAUGACGCUUCUGGGUAGCGGGAUGAGGCUAUGAAUGAGCUCACGUCGUGCAAUCCCACUGAACGAUAAAAAUAGGAGCCAGAAGAAAUCCAGACGGAGCAUGCCAGCAAAAUAUUCCGUAAAGAUGAUCAGUUAUAAGGCUGCCCAGCAGUGAUCCGAUUGAAAGACAAAUAAAGGUGCAGUACAUUGGAUUUGGAUGCUGUGUGCAGGAGGCGGCAUUUUGGCAGAUGCAGCAGGGGAAGCCACACCUGCUGAAAUUCUUCUACACACAGAUAACCUGAUGAUAGAUAACCUGAACACACCAGCAGAAAAAGUGAGAGAUUCAGCAGCCUCCAGGAAAAGUGAGAGAGUCUUCAAUGCAGCAGGACAAUUCAGUUCGUGUUUUUGCACAUCAGGUUCCUACGAGACCAAGAACAAGUUAAAUGCUCAGUUCAAAUCUUACAUCUGCCCAGAAUUCACUGUGGCCUCAGGCAGCAUCAGCCCCCCACUUGCAAUAUAUACAAGGAGAAUAAUGCUGAUCUACCUUACAAGGAUGCUACAGCCCCACAUCAGGAAAAUGGAAGGAAAUGAGGACUCAGAUGAAGAUAACCUCACUGGUUAUGACAUUCAGUGUAGCAUACAAGAAUCCCUUGAAAGUGAACGGAAUCAGCAAAUUUCUUCUACCAACAAUGAAGCGAAUAGGUUUGUACCACUCAGUGAUCAAAACAGAAAACUUGUAGCUGCCAUAAGAGAAGGUCAGGUAUUUGAUCUUCAAAAUUAUGUAAAAUACAAAUAUGCUUUGGAUGAGGCUGAUGAGAGAGGUUGGUUUCCUUUGCACGAAGCUGCUGUUCAGCCAAUUCAGCAAAUACUUGAAGUAAUAUUGGAUGCAUCUUAUAAAUCUAUGUGGGAAUACAAGACGUGUGAUGGAGAGACACCAUUGACUUUGGCAGCCAAAUCCAGCCGGGUGGAAAAUGUCAGAGCGCUACUGGAAAAGGGGGUCUGGCCCAACACUACUAACAGAAAAGGAGAAACUCCUCUUCUUAUUGCGGUACGACUGAGCUUAUAUGAAAUGGUCUCCAGCUUGAUUGAAUACAACUGCACCAUCAAUCAGCCGUGUGUAAAACGCUGGUCAGCAAUGCAUGAAGCUGCAAAACAGGGCCGCAAUGAUAUUGUUGCUCUUCUUCUGAAGAAUGGUGGAAACAUCCAUCAGAGAGAUGGGUAUGGGGUAACCCCAUUAGGCGUGGCUGCUGAAUAUGGCCACUGUGAUGUGCUGGAGCAUCUAAUUCAUAAAGGUGGAGAUGUUUCUGCUACAGCUGAUGAUGGCUCUUCAAUACUCUUUGAAGCGGCUGGAGGUGGUAAUCCAGACUGUAUAACUUUGCUGUUGGAGUAUGGGGGAAGCGGCAACGUGCCUAAUAAGGCAGGGCACCUCCCUAUACACAGAGCAGCGUAUGAAGGGCAUUAUCUGGCCUUGAAAUUCUUAAUUCCAGUUACAUCCCAAACUUCAAUACAGAAAAGUGGGCAAAGUCCCAUCCACUCUGCAGCAGAUGGCCAAAAUCCACAGUGCCUAGAACUCCUAAUUGAAAAUGAUUUUGAUGUCAAUGCCCUUCUGGCCAAACACAUUUCAGAAAGUUAUGAUGAUGAAAGGAGAACGGCGCUUUAUUUUGCUGUUUCUAACAAUGACAUUCUGUCGACAGAAGUAUUACUGCAAGCUGGUGCAGAUCCAAAUAAAGACCCCCUCAACUGCCUGCUUGUGGCGGUGAGAGCUGGCAACCAUGAAAUCGUACGGUUGCUCCUUUCUUAUGGAGCAAAUGUCAACUGCUACUUCAACCUUGUAAAUGACACCCAUUUCCCCAGUGCCAUUCAGUAUGCCCUGAAUGAUGAGAUAAUGCUAAGACUGCUGUUGAAUCAUGGCUAUGACGUGGAUAUGUGCUUUGACUGCAUGCAUGGGGACAUCUUUGGGAAUUCUUUUGUGUGGUCAGCUCUGGAGGAAGAUGUGUUACCAGGAUGGACAUCAUGUGUGAUUAAAGAUAAUCCAUUCUGUGACUUUAUUACUGUCCCUUGGAUGAAACAUUUAGUAGGACCCAUUGUUCGUAUUUUGAUAGAUUACAUGGAUUACGUCCCUCUGUGCACAAAACUUAAGUCUGUCCUGGAGACACAAAAAGAAUGGACAGAGAUCCAGCAAAUAUUAGAGAAUCCUCGUCCACUAAAGCAUUUGUGCCGCCUGAAAAUACGCAAAUGUAUAGGAUUAGAGAGGAUACAGAAACUACUGUCAGUGAAGAAGCUUCCUCUUCCACCAGUUCUUAAAGGGUAUAUCCUAUACAAAGAGUAUGAUCUUUAUGGAAGGGAGCUACAUUUGGGGUGAUUUUCAGACUGUUUGGUAGCUCAUGCCUCACCACAUCUGUUUGUCCCACUGAACUUGCUUCCAAGUGACCAUGCUAAGGAUUAGGGUAUCAAGAUUGUAAACUAUACGGUUAGAGCCAAAGGUGCCCUUUCAGUCAAAUAAAGUGUCUUCCAUUCUUGGGAGUAGAGAUUUACACUGUACACCAGAGUGUUGUGCAAGAAGUGAAACUAAAUCCAAAAUUGUUCUUCCCCUUGCACAGCAGCUAGUGUAACCUCAUGCACAAAUGGAAGCAUGAGACUUGUUAUAAAACCUUUUCUGUUUUAGAACUGCUUAAAUUCUUGCAAAAACUCUUUCCUUCACAUUUGCUAAGUAGCCCUAGGGACUGUCUUCCUUCUGUUCAUAGAUCCAGCUCUAUGCUUUUCUGCUGGAUUGUUUGUUUUAGUAUUGGAUACUAUUUGUCUGCCUGCCUAUCACAAUUAAAAUAUAUUGUUUCUUGACUUUAA